AUGGUUUGUGUUUGCAAAGUAAAUUGUGAGAGUAAUAUUGGUUUCCUUAUUGUUGUUGUGGAUCUGAAAUCAAUGGGGAUGACUGUGAGGAGGGUCUUCGUCUUCAUUAUUCUCCUUUUUUGUUCUUUCCAAAUCCUUAAUGCAGCCUCUGCUGAUUACAAAAAAGCUCUCACAAAUUCUUUGCUGUAUUUUGAGGGGCAACGUUCAGGGAAGUUGCCACCCAAUCAGAGAGUGAAUUGGAGAGGAGAUUCAGGGCUUAAAGAUGGCCAAGAUGCCAGAAUUAACCUUGUUGGUGGAUACUAUGAUGCUGGAGACAACCUGAAACUAGGGUUUCCACUAGCAUUCACCAUAACCAUGCUUUCAUGGAGCACAAUAGAGUUCGAGGAUCAGCUCUCCGAACAUAAGGAACUGAAAAACGCGCUUGACGCCAUUAAAUGGGGAACAGAUUAUCUGAUCAAAGCACACACUGAUCCCAACGUCUUCUAUGGCGAAAUCGGUGAUCCAGAUUCUGAUCAUUCCUGCUGGCAGCGCCCGGAGGACAUGACCACGCCUCGCAGCUCUUACAAGCUCGACGAGCAGCACCCCGGCUCCGAUCUCGCGGCCGAAACAGCGGCGGCUUUGGCCGCUGCCUCCAUAGUGUUCAAAUCUGUGGAUAAGAAAUACUCCUCCACCAUGUUACUUCAUGCAACGCAGUUGUUCGACUUUGCAAAAAAUCAUCCAGGUAAGUAUUCAGACAGUAUCCCACCAGCAAGGCAAAUAUAUUCCAGCAGCGGAUACGAGGAUGAAAUGUUGUGGGGAGCAGCAUGGCUUUAUCGUGCAACCAACAUGAAGAAGUACCUUGAUUACAUGGGAGGAGCUAGUGACAGUGGUGGUGUAAGAACAGAGUUUAGUUGGGAUGAUAAGUUUGUAGGUGCACACGUCCUUGCAGCAAAGUUUGUUUUGGAUGGAGAAGCGGAUGCAUCAGGGAUAUGGGCUCAAUACAAGACACAGGCAGAGGAAUACGUAUGCUCCUGUGCUCAGAAGUCAAACCAAAAUGUUCAGAAAACACCAGGGGGUCUCUUCUGGUUCUUACCAUGGAACAAUAAUCAAUAUGUUGCUACUGCAACAUUUGUCAUGUCUGUUUAUUCCAAUUAUUUAUCUUCAAAAGGUGCAUCCCUACAGUGCAGUGGUGGUGAUGUUAGUCCUGAUCAUCUCACUUCUCUUGUUCGUUCCCAGGUUGACUACAUUUUGGGUUCUAACCCUAGAAACAUGAGUUACAUGGUUGGAUACGGGUCAAAUUUCCCACAAAAAAUUCAUCACAGAGGAGCAUCAAUUGUAUCAAUAAAAAAGGAUCCUAACCCAGUAUCUUGUAAAGGUGGCUUUCAGGACUGGUUUUAUAAAGAUGCACCAAACCCUAAUGUUUUGGUAGGUGCAGUUGUGAGUCCAGAUGGAAAUGAUAAAUAUGAUGAUAGUAGGAAUGAUUUUCAACUAGCUGAGCCAGCAACAGUUACUAUUGCACCUUUGGUGGGAGUUCUUGCUUAUCUAGCUUAA